AUGGCGUCAGCGGAUGAACAAUUAUCUGAGUGUCGUGAAGUGUUUUGCUACUUUGAUUCCAAGGGAGAUGAACGGAUUGGAGUUGCUCAAGUGGGUGACGUUCUCCGAGCCCUUGGACAAAAUCCAACAGAAUCUGAAAUCCGUAAAUGUUGCGCACAUUGGACGGAUCCUGGUGCUGAAGCUUUUUCAGAUACUCGAAUUACUUUUGAGGAUUUCGUCCCUAUUUACCAGUCAGUUAAUAAAUGUAGAGAAAACCAUACACUGGAGGAAUUUGUAGAAGGAUUAUCACAUUUCGAUAAAGAAGGAAAUGGCAUGAUAAAUAUUGCUGAACUUCGACAUUUGCUAACAACCCUAGGUGAACGUUUGUCGGAUGAAGAGGUUGAUCAACUUUUGGCAGGUCAUGAUGACUCACAUGGUAACGUAAAUAUUUCGGAUUUCGUUCGAGCUAUAAUGCAUGCGUAG